UCUAAUGGCUGAGAAAGAAACCCUAGCCACAGUCCUUUAAAGUCUCAAACUUCGGUCAUUCCUCAUCUUCUUCUGUAUCUCGCUUCACACAACCAAGUCGACGAGCGACCGAUUCUUCUUCACACCGAGGGGUUUAGCAGCCGAAGAAGGUUAAGAAGUUCACCAUGGGUAAGGUUCACGGAUCUUUGGCUCGUGCUGGUAAGGUGAGAGGGCAAACCCCUAAAGUUGCCAAGCAGGACAAGAAGAAGAAGCCCAGAGGUCGUGCUCACAAGCGCAUGCAAUACAACCGCCGUUUUGUCACCGCUGUGGUUGGAUUUGGAAAGAAGAGGGGACCCAACUCCUCUGAGAAGUAAGGUAGCUGUUUCUCAAGGAUGACACCUCUUUAGGUUAUUAUGGAGACAUCGUUUUUGGGUUUUUGACCAUUUGUUAUUGAGUUUACAUGUUAUUUUUAAAGACCCUUUUUACAUGUUACAGGAUUGUGCUAAAGCUAUGCUUUAAUUAAAUUAAAUUAGAAGUAAUGUGAAUUCGGUUUUGCUUGUU